UCAUCAGCUCUGUUUGUUGAGCUUCAUGUUUUCGUUUUUAGAGGCUGUGCUAACAGACUAAAAGCGAGCAGAGCUAGUGCUAGCUAAGCAGGAGUGUUUGGUGCUACCAUCAGCUAGCUGCUUCACUGGAGAUGUUCAGCUUCUCAUUUCUGAUGGGCUGAGUCAUGUUAGCCUCUUCAACAACAGCAGACACAAACGGUCUGGUCCCACCUGUCAUGCUAGCUGCCAUGAACAUCAGUCAGUGCCACACACUAACUAAGAACCCAGACCUGCAGCUCCUUAUGGCUGCGUAUGAUGAGAACAUCCUGAAGAAUCCUUUUUACGUGGCGUUGGAGAAGCAGAGACCGGACCUCUGCAGUCGAGUGGCCGAGCUUCACGGCAUCGUUCUGGUUCCUUGCUGUGGAAGUUUGAGUGUCAGCAGCUACUCAGACUCUCACUUUGACAGCUAUGUGCUGCAGCCUGUGGAAGACAGAUUCAAGACUGUGGAUGGAAAGGAGGUCAGGAUCCAGGACAGGCAGGUCCUGCUGGGUUCUGGCUUCCCGUCUCCGUCUGUGGUCCCCAUCCUGUUUGAGGAAACCUUCUACAAUGAUCAGGAGCAGAGCUACAGCAUUCUGUGUAUCUCCAGGCCCAUGGAGAUGGAUCCAAGCCUGGCUGAGGUCAACCGCACGCCGCCUCCUUUCUGCCUGAGGAGCCUGGAUGAUGUGAAGGAGUUUCUGGGGCGCCAUUCUCAGAAACUGGACAAGGUCAUCCUCAGCUUCUGUCAGGCCUUUAAAGAGCAGGAAAGGAAGGGACUCCGACACCAUAUAGACUCGGUGAAUGGUCUUUACACUAAAUGUCUUCAGUGUCUGCUAAGGGACUCACGGCUGAAACUCCUGGCAAAGCAGGAACUUCAGAUGACUCUUCUCAAACAGGCCGUGGAGAUAUAUGUUCAUCAUGGUAUCCAUGAUUUAAUCUUUAACUUUGUGGGAACCCUUGAAGCCAGCCAGGAUGCUGCCUUCAACAAAACUACCAGGAGUCUGCAGGAUCUCCAGCAGAAAGAUCUGGGAGUAAAACCUGAGUUCAGUAUAAACUUGUCUCGGGCGAAGCGAGAGCUGAGUCAGCUGAACCAGCAAACGUCCCCCCUCCUCAAACUGCUCUGUCUUCGCAGAGUUGUCCUGACUGCUACCCAGACAACUCGACGGACUGUCAGUAUAGAAGCUGUGUGCGCAGACGACCUCCUCUCUGUUGUCCUCUACCUACUGGUGAAAACGGAAAUCCCCAACUGGAUGGCCAACCUGAGCUACAUCAGGAACUUCUGCUUCAGCCACUCCAGCAAAGAUGAGCUCAGCUACUGUCUGAGCACCUUCGAGGCAGCCGUGGAGUACAUCAACCUGGGGAAGCUGCAGGACUCGCCCUCUGUCUCAGGGGAGCUCAGUGACAAGGCUCUGUUUAAGGAGAGGAUGAGUCUGCUGGCUCAGAACGCUGCUACACCCACCCACUCUCUGUUUGAGCACAUAGCUAAUGGAAAUGCUGAGGUGAAACGUCUGUUGAGUGAAAGCGAAGGCGAUGAGGACGUCAGGAUGUGUCACCCCCUGUGUUCCUGUGUCCUCUGUGACAUCCAGCUAUCUGGGCGACUGAAUGACUUGUCCAUCGUCACACCGUUCUCCAGAGAUGACAGAGGUUACACUCCGCUGCACGUUGCUGCCCUCUAUGGACAGGCCCAGCUCAUUGACGUGCUGGUGCGUAAAGGAGCUCAAGUUAAUGCCACGGACUACCACGCCCUCACCCCGCUGCACCUGGCCUGUCAGCGAGGUUUCCAGGGAGUCUCUCUGCUGCUGCUGCAUUACAAGGCCAACACCGAUGCUCAGGACAACAAUGGCAACACGCCUCUGCACUUCGCCUGCAUGUAUGGACAUGAGGACUGUGUGAAGGCCUUGGUGUACUACGAUGUGCAAACGUGCCGCCUGGACCUGCAGAAUGAUAAAGGUGACACCGCACUGCACAUGGCGGCCCGCUGGGGUUACGAGGGGAUCAUCCAGGUGCUGCUGGAAAACGGAGCGAGCACCCACAUCCUCAACAAGAACAAAGAGUCACCGCUGCAAUGUGCACUCAACUCUAAGAUCCUCAUGUUGUUGCAAACCACUCAGAACGGCCACCAAUGCAGCAGGAUAGAUUCUCCCAGUUGCUCCCCUCUGGCCUCCGACUGCAGCAGCCGUCGCUCAUCCAUCUCCAGCACAUCUUCUCUAGGUUCUGAGCCCAAACCGGAGGCAGAGAGAGUCCGACACAGAGAGGUGGAAAAGCUGCUGCGAGCUGUAGCCGAUGGUGACGUGGAGAUGGUGCGCUAUCUGCUGGAGUGGAUAGACGAGGAGGAGGAGGAUGAAGGAGAGCUACGGUCCGAGGCCCUGCUCUGCCACCCACUCUGUCAGUGUCCAAACUGUGCUCCCACUCAGAAGCUGUCCGUGCAGCAGGCCGGCGCUCUGGGUGUCAACAGCUGUAACGGUGAUGGGUUCGCGCCGCUCCAUGUCGCAGCCCUCCACGGCCACUCUGGGCUGGCAGCGCUGCUGAUACGUCACGGUGCCAGUGUCAACGCCCGCACCAACCAGAGCGCCACACCCCUUCACCUGGCCAGCCAGAACAGCCACAUUCAGGUGGUGAGGUUUCUGCUGGAGUGCAAUGGCAAAUUAAAUAAGAAGGAUCACUAUGGAAACACUCCCCUGAUCCACGCUUGUCUCUGUGGAAAUCUGGAAAUGGCCACCAUGCUGUUAAAGAGCAACGCGUUGGUGAACAUAGCAAACCAUCAGGGGAACACUGCUCUGCAUGAGGCAGUGCGAGGAGGACACCAGGCGCUCGUGGAGCUGCUGUUAAGGGGUGGGGCCUCACCUGGACUCAGGAACAAGAAGCAGAGGACGCCGCUGGACUGCGCUUAUGAACUCGGUGGAAAGAACACUGAAAUCCUAAGAGCUCUGCAGAAAGCAUCUGGACUUUCACCUGAUGCUGAACCACUCAAACUCCUGUCUGUCCCCAAAGGAGCUCUGGCUCAUUCGUUUGUGCAGCGCCUGAGGCUGCAGGAUAACUCCAACAGCAGGAAACAGAAGCUGGCCCAGUCCAUCACCAGGAUUCAGCAGAUGAGGAAAGGUUCCUGUAGCCCUCCUUCCAGGAGUUCACCGGUCCUCAACCAGGUGAAUCCAGACAGGCGAAGACUGAGGAGGGGGGAAACGGUGGCGGUCAGCAGCCCCUUAGAAACUCCUGAUGCUCGGUGUCGUCUGAAGGAGCGGCCCCUGGGUCGCUGUCACACCCUGGACUCUGGAGUCCAUUCACCAGAACAAACUGAGCCUCCUCACACGCCAAACCCAACCGGACAGACUUCAGAAAGACGAGAUCAAACAGAUAGCACACACACUCCUAAAGCAGCUGAGGGCAUCAGUGUUCACACCUGCAGGGAUGCAGAAAACACACAAGCUGACGCAGACCAACAGCGCGCCACUGAUGAAUCCAGCUACAGCUCAGGUACUGAGACCUCUUCACCCUCACAUGUGUCUCCACCAGCCAACAGCUUGGUCGACUUCCCUCUCAGAAUCAUCCCGAGCCCUCUCUCAGAUCCACAUCAGCCUGAGGAGCCGUCCAACAGCCACAGCGGGGGGGAAUCUCCCAUCAGCAUGGAGUCAUCUGGCAGCCAGACUGGGCUUUCUGAAGCUGAGGCCUCUCAGUUACAGAGCACGGAAAGAAAUUUAAGUCCAACCUGUGCUGCUGAUGAGCAUCCCCUCAUCCACACUGAUGAGGGCAACCUGGAAAACACCGAACACACACCAGAAAGGAGCAGAGAGUGGCAUCAGGGAGACUGUGACUUGAAUACACACCUCAGGAGUUCUGCCGAACAAGUUUUAGAAAAUCAGUGAACAGAGAAAAAGUUUCACUUCAAGAUGUCAAAAAAGGAACUACGUUGUUUGAGAUUAAAUGUGAGCAGCUCUAACCCUCUGAUCUGUGUCUUCUAACGGAGAAGUUAAUAAGAUUUCUGAAAUGAUUCUGCUUUUAUUUAUCCCACGUUUUAGCUUUGGCUGCUGCCUCUGUUCCUGCAACACGCAGCUUAGGACAAUUUUCUCUGUAGAGCUUUAAUAAUAAAAUAACUUUGCUACUC